GACGUCUCAUUCGGUUGCACACCAUGCCCUUGACUUCCUACGAGAGGUGAUAGCUGAUGAGUGGGAUCCUGCCGCUGGGAGGUCAGUAAAAUCUCUGAAUUGAAGGGAGAAUUUCUCGCCAUGGGGCUCAUACCAGACGAGGGAAAGGUUCUCCCUCCUCCGGGAAUCGUCAACCGGAAUUCGCUGUGGCUGGCCGGUGUAGGCUGGUGCACCGCGAUGCUUCACAAUGCCAUCAACCACAGGCCACCGCUAAAAUCAGGUGUUCAUCGACAAGUCCUGCUGUCGACAAUCGGCUGGUUCAUCGGCUACCAUAUUACAAAAUAUGAAAAUUACACUUAUGCCAGACUUGAUCGAGACAUGAAUGAGUAUAUCAGACUCCACCCAGAGGAAUUUGCAGCAAAGGAAAAAAAGACCUUUGCAGAAAUUGUCGAGCCUUUCCAUCCUGUGCGCUAAGCGUCGGCGGCUGGUGACAUGGAAGAGGAAGGGAGAGAGAGAAAUAUUUCGCAGACUACCAUCUGUCUAUAGUGGUCUUUUUGUCAGCUCUUUCUGUCAUAUAUUGUGUGAAAUAUAACUAUGUAUAUAAUAAAAAUACCCAAAUAUAAAAA